UUAGAAUUCUGCAGCAUCACCAUUGAACACAGACCAAUCGAAGCGUUCGCUGGAGUCCACAAAAUAUUAAACAUGAACAAAGCAAUAACUGCAGAACAGAAUGGUUUACAUUGGGCACCCAAUUUGCUAACAUUAGAAUCACAGAUGAACCUCCAAAAAAAGUAAAUUCGGAGGAGUCAUCAAGACAGAGCCCUGCAAAAGCUCCCCAACAGCAGGUCAGCCCAAAGAGUGAACAUGGGGGAAUGAGGAACAAGACAGGAAAGCCUGACUUUUCUGCAAGUGCGCCUCCACCCCCAUUGGCCAGUUAUGACUACCCCAGCUUGCCCAUCACAAAGAAUAGACAGGAGCUCAUCUCUCUGAUCGAGAACAACUCUGUGGUGAUCAUUCGUGGAGCCACAGGCAGUGGGAAGACUACCCAGCUGCCUCAGUUCAUCCUGGACUACUACAGCGAGAAGAAUGCCCCCUGUAACCUCGUGGUUACCCAGCCUCGCAGCAUUGCCCGAUGGGUUGCCAGAGAGCGCAAGUGCACCUUGGGUAGUCUGGUGGGAUACCAGGUGGGCCUAGAGAAGAUGGCCACUGAACACACCAGACUCAUCUACAUGACCACUGGGGUGCUUCUGCAGAAACUGGUCGGCACCAAGAGCCUGACUGAGUACUCCCACAUCUUCAUAGAUGAGGUCCAUGAGCGGACGGAGGAGUUGGACUUUCUCCUGUUGGUUGUGAGGAAGCUUCUCCAUUCCAACUCUCGUUACAUCAAGGUCAUCCUCAUGUCAGCCACCAUCAACUGCAGUGAGUUUGCAGAGUACUUUGGCACGCCUAUCUGCAGCCAGAUGAACCCAGCCUAUGUGUUUGAGGUGGAGGGGGCUCCCUACGCCAUUGAGGAGUUCUACCUGGAUGACCUCUGCAGCCUGAUUCCUCACAGGGUGGAUACCCACCAUCUAGAUGAACCUUACAUCACUGUGGAGAUGUACAAUGUGGCUGUCAGCCUUAUCCAGAGCUUUGAUGAGCUGGAGGCCAAAGAUCAGAGCAGCACUGAGCGGGAGGGACACCUGUCUCUGCCAGACCGGGGCAGUGUGCUGGUGUUCCUUCCUGGUCUAGGUGAGAUCCACUACAUGCAAGAGGCCUUGUCUAAGCUGGUGCGCAAGAGACUGCAGGUGUACCCUCUCUACUCCUCUGUCACUCUGGAGGAGCAGAACGGGGUGUUUCUGGUGCCUGUCCCAGGGUACAGGAAGAUCAUCCUCUCCACCAACAUUGCCGAGAGCUCUGUUACAGUCCCAGAUGGGUUGAUUGAUUUCUGUCUGGCGCGUCACAUGGUCUGUGACAAAGAGACCAGUUACCAGUCCCUCCGCCUCACCUGGGCCUCCAAGACCAACUGCAACCAGCGCAGAGGGAGGGCUGGGCGAGUGUCUAAGGGCUACUGUUACCGACUGGUGACCAAGGAGUUCUGGAGCAAUGAGAUCCCAGACUAUGUGGUUCCUGAGUUGGUGCGUGCCCCCCUGGCCAACAUCAUGCUCAAGGUGAAGCUACUGGACAUGGGGGACCCCCGCUCCCUCCUCUCCACAGCCCUCUCACCCCCCAACCUCAACGACAUCGAGAGGACUGUGCUUCAGCAUAAAGAGAUGGGCGCACUGUCCCUGGGGAACAAUGGGCAGGGCCAGAAGCGUUUUGAUGGAGAGCUGACGUUCCUGGGUCGAAUGCUGGCUAACCUGCCUGUGGACCUGCACCUGGGGAAGAUGAUCGUACUCGGACACGUCUUUGGCUGUCUGGAGGAGUGCCUCAUCAUAGCAGCCUCCCUGUCUCUGAAGAGCUUCUUUGCCAUGCCCUCCCUACAACAGCUGGCAGGCUACAGGAGCAAGCUGUCCUUUGCACACGGUGUGCGGAGUGAUUCCAUUGCUUUUGUCAACGCAUUCAAGGCUUGGCACACGUCCAGAAACAAGGGAGAGUUGAGGCACCCAAAAGAUGAGCUGGAGUGGGGCAAGGAGAACUGCAUCCAGAUCAAGAGGAUCAGAGAGGUGGCCGAGCUCUAUGAGGACCUGAAGAAGAGGACGUCCCAGUUCAACAUGCAUGUGAUUGAGAACCCAUUGCCCAUGGACUACUCCAGCCUCCACAAGCAGAGAUUCAUCUUGCAGGUGGUUAUCGCUGGUGCCUACUACCCCAACUACUUUGCCCAAGGAGAAAUGGAUGAAGACCUGUCUGGCCAUGAUCCCAAAACAACAGUGCUAGUGAGGAACCUGCCCCCCUAUAGUUUCCUGUACUAUAAGCAGCUGCAGUCCCUGUGUGGCCAGGUCAAGUCCAUAGCCUUUGAUGGAUCCCGGGGGCAUGUGGAGUUCUCCCGGAUGACUACCCGGGGGUCGGGGGUGCUCCCUGAGGUGUCACUGGCCCUCCUGGCCCACCAGAGGCAUCCUCUGGACCUGUUUGUGCACCCCAGUGACGAAGUGGAGUCCCACGCUGGGAGCAGGACCAUCUGCCACAUGAGAUACGCUCGGGUGAAUGUGGACUUCCAGGACAACUCGGUCUACCCAGUGGGGGUGCUGAGCAGUACUAUCGACCCAGACAAGCUGCCUUCCAACCCCGUCUUCGUGGUCAACAUUACAGAAGUGGUGGAGGUGGGCCACUUCUGGGGAUUCCAGGCAGGCGAGGCCAGCAUGGAGAAGCAGCGCUAUCUGACAGCUGAGAUUAAUUCUCGUGAGCUGUGUCCAGUUCCUGUCUCCCUCUACCCCAACCUACUGUGCCUGGCACCUUUCUCUGAGGGCGACGAGCAGGGCCUCUACCUGUCCAGCAGUAGAAACACAGAGGCUGUGGCCCUGACAGUGCUGUGUCAUUGUGUCUUGCAGCAGAGCCACGAGGUGCUGAUGUCUCUGUAUAAAGACUUGCAGGACGGAACCUUCACCCCCAACGCUACCAGCAGCUCCUGGAAGACCAACAAGGAGAAAGAGAAGCAGCUCAUCGACAGCCUGCUCCAGUCCUUCUCCAAGACCAGCCGGUCCUUUCUGAAGAGCAAGGUUCCUGUGCAUGGCCCAUCCAGCCCUCACAAAGUCAACUUCCACAGCUUUUGCAAUGUCAGCCACUACAGGUCGGUGCGCAUAGAAAAGGACAGCAUCAACUCAGUGGCGUUGAAUGACAGUCCUCAGGACAGCCAUCAGAGGAUGCUGGUUGCCGGCGGAGUGUCUGUCAGUGCCACGGGCGCAUGCAUUCUACUGAAGGAGACUACGCUGAUGCCUCACAUCCAUGGCCUGCCUGCUCUCAUCACCAUGCUCUUCAGCCCUGUCAUAGAGCUACGCACCAACGAGGAGAGGACCAGCUACACUGGUGCCCUCUGUGGUCUGGGGUGGAACGUCCAGUCUCACGAGGCUGUCCUUCCUGAACAUGACACAGAGCUCGCCUUUGAUGUCAAAUUCGGUGUAGAGGACAUCACAGAGAUCAAUGCGUUGUGUGGUGCCAUCAACCGUCUGGUGUGUGAGGGGCCCAACGGUCCUCUGCACCUGGGGCCUGACAGGAUCAACAGCCUGCAGGAGGACUGCCGCGAACGCCUCGUCAGGUUAUUUACUAAGUCACCCCCUCGGGAAGACCUUGUUCCUGUGUACUAUGAGGAACCAAAUAAAUGGAACCAGGUGGAUCCCAGUCAAGAUGGAGAUUGUCCAGAAGGAAGAUGGAAAGAACAAAGGGGUCCUGUUCCAGCUACACCCCGUCACACUGCUCAACAUGUGAGGCCAUUCUAAAGCAGCAACCAGAAGCACAGCAUGCUGCUGUUUUCAGCUUGACUCCCCUUAUUUAUGUUUUACAAGAUUUUCUUCUUCUGGAACCCACAGGGAGGACAUUCUCGUUUGAUAAUUGUGGUAUAUAUUUGGAUCAUUUUGCACAUGGUCCUGCCAUGCUUCUCAUGUCCUGGGUUUUUCUUUUUAUUCAGCUUUGCUAUUGCUGUGUUAGGUGUUUGGAAAGUAUAACUACACUAUAAUUUGGGGAUAUAAAUCAUUGAUAUUCAAGGAAUGGAACUCCUUUUGUAUAAAUGAAUCUGACUUAGUCACGGUAUGGUGCUAGCUUUAGUUCAGUGACCUGACAGCCAAGUUAAAUUUGUCACCUCAGCAUACUGACAUGCAAGCACACACAUAACAGGAAAGGGCCUUCUGUGCCAGAAGGUAUUUAUCUUUGUUCAUAGAAAGUUAUUUCAAGUCACUUUGGAUAUUUAUCUAGUCUUGUAUGCACUCUGUACCAUUACGAAACAUAACAUCUCGUAUGUCCUAAUAUUUCUAACUCCAGACGAGACUGCCCUUGUCAAAACAUUUUGUCUUGGACCCUAUUUUCAGUAAUGCAUCUGAAAAAUGAUAACAUUAUACAUCAAGGAACAUUUAUUUGUCUUAUUCUGUAAUUAAAUACAUACUGUAAGUGCAAAUAGUUAGACCAGGGUCUAAGAACUACAUUGAGUAUAGGUGAACAUUGUACAAAGUUGGACAGUUAAUUCAAACAAGCUAAAUAUCAUCAGAUAAUCCUUGUCUUCAUAGUAGUUGAACAACAGUACCUAAAACAUGAUAGUGUGUAGUUACAUAGUUAUGCAAAAAAAAAUACAAUUACAUCAAAUUAUUUUGUGCUUGAAAACACAAAGGAAAUCAUUUUGAAAUGUAUAUAUAUUGAC